AUGGAGGUAAUUUACGAGGAUUAUGGCGAUUGGAGCUACUCGGAAGGAAUUAAGGAUACACGCUCAACGAGAAUACUCUCACGAAGACGAAUGAAUCUCCAUGGGAAAUCCUUGAUAGCAUCCAUGGUGGUAACAAAUAAAAACUCCCUAGCUCACCUUACAGAUUAUCAAGAACGUGAAAUUGAUUCAAUCACAAAAGUAAACUACGUGCUGACCCAUCACCUUAUGGAUGUCAUGAAUGCCAGCAAGGAAUUUAUUUUCACCAACAGCUGGGGCAUCAAGAACAGAACGAGUGGCAAAUGGGAUGGGAUGGUGGGUGAUUUGGUGGAUGAGAGAGCUGACCUGGGUGGCACAUCGCUGUUCAUGACCGUAGAUCGCGUCACACUCAUAGAUUACGUUUCAAUGACAGUUCCCACAUACGGGGCCUUCCUCUUUCGCUCACCACCCCUCUCCUAUGUCUCCAACAUCUUCUACCUUCCCUUCCGUGAUACAGUGUGGGUGGCGGGAUUCGCAUUGGUGGCUCUCAGCACCAUUAUCUUCUUCAUCACCUGGCGCAUUAACAUUUGCUACAACAAAGAAACUCCAGCUUCUGAAAUUCCCCGAUUCAGUGAUAUCAUCAUGAAUGCAACGGGGGCGAUAACACAGCAGGGUGCCCAUAUGGAGGCAAAAGUAGCCUCAGGAAGGAUUGCCUCGUUCUUCCUCUUUCUCUCAAUGUUUUUCCUCUACACCUCCUACACGGCCAACAUUGUGGCUCUCCUUCAGUCCACCACAACGAGCAUAUCGUCCCUCGAAACACUCAAAGACUCAACUUUCGAGUUUGGUGUGGAGGAUAUUGUCUACAAUCGGUACUACUUUAAGAUUAUGAAUGAGCCCCUACGAAAGGAAAUCUAUGAAACAAAAAUCAUACCACCCGGGAAGAAGGAUAAAUUCAUGAAUAAAACAGAAGGAAUCGCCAAGAUGCGCAAAGGACUCUUUACCUUCUUCACUGAAGCACGUGCUGGCUACAAAAUGAUUGAGGAGACAUUUUUUGAGCAUGAAAAAUGCGGUUUAAUGGAAAUAGAAUACCUGCAAGUCACUUAUCCGUGGUAUUCAAUUAAGAAGUAUUCACCCUACAGGGAGAUCAUAAAGACACAGUGA